AUGGCCACUCCUGGCCAGCCCAGCCCUGAGCAGAUGGCGGCCAUGCAACAGCAGUUUGCCGCCGAAGCCGCCAAACGAGGGCUGACGCCCCAGCAAUUCGCCGCAAUGCAACGUGAACAACUAACUGCCGAUGCUGCAAAGCUCGGUCUAACUACUGAACAGUAUGUUGCGCAGUUGCGCAUGCGAGCAAUGCAAGCUCAUCAGCAGCAACAGAGGAUUCUGGCCGAACAACAGGGUCAAGCAGCACCAGAAGGACAACAAGCUCCGUCGCCCGCACCCCAGCAGCACCAACACACAACCACACAACAGGUCCCUGUGAAUCCCAACAAUCCACCGGACCCAAAGGCAUUGGCAGUGGCCAACUGGUUACGGUCGCAAAAUCUCAAGCCUCGCACAUGUAUCAUGGACGGACAGCGCAAGGACAUGUUCAAGGUCAAGCGCGCAAUCCGGGCCAUUGAAUCCCCCGCCUAUGCCAAAGCCGCCUCCAAGAAAAACUCCCUUCUCCCCCCAGUGACCGACCGCGCCUCUGCCGAGAAUGUUUUUAAGCUUCUUCCGCUUUCCCUUUUGGCUCUCCGAGUGAGCAAGGUUGAUCCCCAUGAAGGACACAACCAUGCCAAGCCUAAGAACCGCACCAAGGGUCUAUGGACCGUGAAGAUCGAACAGCACCAGGAGACCGACCCCAUGAUGCAUUAUGUUUGGUUGUAUGAUGGCCCACAGUGGAAGCAAAAGGCCAUGGCUGCCGCUGUGGUCGUGGGUAUCUUCGCCGUUGUUCUGUUCCCGUUGUGGCCUAUGAUUAUGCGUCAGGGAGUGUGGUAUCUGAGUGUUGGCUUGAUGGGACUGUUGGGUCUCUUCUUCGCCAUGGCUAUCUUCCGCUUGAUUCUAUUCUGCAUUACUGUCUUCACCGUGCCCCCGGGUCUCUGGCUAUUCCCCAAUCUGUUCGAGGAUGUCGGGUUCUUUGACAGCUUCAAGCCUCUAUGGGGCUGGCAAGAGACAAAAAAGAGCAAAAAGUCUGGAAAAUCCAAGGUCUCAACCUCUGCUUCCGCCCAAGUAACCGCAGCUGCUCCCUCAGCAAACGCCCCCUCGGCAACCACAGCCUCCGCCGAGCCUACUUCUACUCCGUCCGUAGUCGCCGCGCGACGCGGUCUGACCGCAAGUGUGGAAGAGGGGGAGGAGUAG